UGCUGAAGCCUGGAAGUCCCCUCCCCUUCCCCCUCCCCCCUUUGCCGCUUUGUGGCAUCCCCCUCCCUCCACCCUUUCCCACUCUGAUAAUCUGGCCAUGACUAGCAGAAGCACAGCUAGGCCCAAUGGGCAGCCCCAGGCCAGCAAAAUAUGCCAGUUCAAAUUGGUCCUGCUGGGGGAAUCUGCAGUGGGGAAGUCUAGCCUGGUAUUACGUUUUGUCAAAGGGCAGUUCCAUGAGUACCAGGAGAGUACCAUUGGAGCGGCCUUCCUCACCCAGUCCGUUUGUCUAGAUGAUACAACAGUCAAGUUUGAGAUCUGGGAUACAGCUGGGCAGGAGCGAUAUCACAGCUUAGCCCCCAUGUACUACAGGGGUGCCCAAGCUGCAAUCGUGGUUUAUGACAUUACUAAUCAGGAAACCUUUGCCCGAGCGAAGACAUGGGUCAAGGAACUACAGCGACAGGCCAGUCCUAGCAUCGUUAUUGCCCUAGCGGGGAACAAAGCUGACCUGGCCAACAAGCGCAUGGUGGAGUAUGAAGAGGCCCAGGCAUAUGCAGAUGACAACAGCUUAUUGUUUAUGGAGACUUCAGCCAAGACAGCUAUGAACGUGAAUGAUCUCUUCCUGGCAAUAGCUAAGAAGUUGCCAAAGAGUGAACCCCAGAAUCUGGGGGGUGCAGCAGGCCGAAGUCGGGGUGUGGAUCUCCAUGAGCAGUCCCAGCAGAACAAGAGCCAGUGUUGUAGCAACUGAGGGGGUGGCUAGCAGCAAACAAGUAUGGAGCUAGCACGAGAGCUAAGAAAUAUCCUCCAUCCCUACCCCUGAGCACACAGCCCCUACGGUAACAGCACACGGAGCCCUGGCUCUCAAGGGCUGCCUCCUGACAGCUCCGUCAUGGCACUUUUUAACGCUUCAGCAACCAACACCAGGCAGCUGUUGCCACUGGCCUCCUACCCCCUACUCUGGGGCUUGGGGGUCAGAUUCCCCCAGGACUUACCUUCCAAAACAAACUUUCUUCACUUUGUAUUAUAGGUGCAAGACAGUGACCUUAUCUUUCCUCCUCCUCCCCUGUGUUCCUCCUCAUUUUUUCAAAAAACACUUGUCUCCUGCCCCUACCCCCCUUUUUGCUUUUGGUCAAUCCUUGUUCUUGAUCCUCUUUUCUUCCUCUUCCCAGGAUGGAGAAAGUGGUGAACCAAGGCAUUGAGGAAAGAGGUUUCCAGUUCAGUCACAUUAAGGGCCCUGGGGAGGGGAAGGCUCAGAGCAGGAGGGAGUAAGGAAACAGUUCCUUUUUGUUUUUAUUUGGUUGGAGUUUCUCAUAUUUGAAAACAUGCAGUAUCCAUGAGUUGGCUUUGUUCCUACAUAGAGGUGAGAAUGGAGAGGCAAGCUCACAGGUACCAGCUGGGAGUCACAUUGUUAGCUAACUAGGUGGAGGUGUAGGUCCAUUUUCAUCUGCCACUCUGGAACUCUUCCAAGGCCCAAUUUCCCCUCACCCAGCCUCUUAGGUAGCUUCACCCCUAUAGUGGGGAUCAGACCCCAGAGUCCUCCAAAGAAUCUUCACUGGUUGCCUGUAUCUUUGGCUCUGCUACGAUCUAAUUGGAGGACGGACCAGUUUCUGAUACCCAUCCUCUGAUCUAUACAUAUGCAUUUUUCCCCCUUUGGCCUUUAGAUGGCCUCAGCCCAGCCACCAUAUCUCCCUGCAGUUUGCACUUUAAUUGAUGGUAGUUCAGUUGGGAUACUUAUUUUAUGGGGAUUUUGAUUGAUUUACUUGCCCUUCCACUUUCUUUUUAAUUAAACGGAAUCUGAGGUAUAUAUGAGGUUUUGAGAGGGGCUAUAGAGAACAGCACCAGUGGCAGCUACUCAAGCCCAGUCUCCACUGCUAGUUUCCUCCAACUGAUUCUUAACCUACAUUCUUGCCAACCUGGCUCUUCAGUAUAGGUUCGCCUUUUCUGGAGAAUUAACUGAGCCUCUGGGGAGUGGUCUCAGGAUAGCAUAAGCCAAGGUAGGGGAGGAAAAAGGGGUCAAGCAAAAGGGAGGAGUUUUCUUUCCUUUCCCAGGGUUCACAUUCAAUUUGAUAUCCAUUACCAUGUCUUUUCUACUUCCCUGUAAAUAAGUAUGAUCUUUGUUCCCACUGUAUAGUCUGUUCUGUCCUCUGCCUCUCAUCAGGCCCUAUUUUUUCCUCCUUUGUUAAUAUCUUGAGUUUAGUCCCUUGAUCCUUAUCCCCAUACCCCCCACCCCUACCAUGCAACCAGUGGUUUAGUCCUGUACCACUAGGGGCUAGUACCACAGAGACCCACUUGUGGCCUCCUCAUAUCUUACCACCUGUUCCUAUGGACAGGGAAUAACUAGUACUGAAGGUCAUCACAACUGUUUCACAUCAUCAGAGGACCUUGGUCCUUUCUAAAUGUAUAGCCUCUCUUCGUAUGCCUCAUCAGGUGUUUUAGGAUGUCUUUGGGAAGCCAUCAAGGCAAGAGAGAACUCUUAAGUUCAUUCUUGUUCCAGCCCAGAGUUCUGGGAAAAUUUGGGGAAAAAGAGAGGAAAGGCCACAGUGACCUAGGAUUGGAACCUUUCUCCUUUUGGCUCACAGACUGCCUUCUGCCCCAGAGCAGCUGAGAAAUCCAUGAAGCUGAGAUUCUGAACUACCCAGCUUAGGUUCUUCCACUUAAGCG